UUUGAAAAACUUUGUUUUACAGACCCAUCUCUCCUGAGCCUUAGUCGACUGUGGUUUCACUUAAGCUUGAAAAAGGGAGGUAUCAAGUUGGUUCACACCUCAUGAUGGAAAUUUAUUGCACAUGAAACAUACCAGCAAUGAGGUUGCCAUAACGUACUAGCUGAGAGAAAAACCAAAUCAACAGAUACGCUUCAUGUGCCAAACUGGAUUCUUGAAAAUCAAAUUUUGUUAAUGUUCUCAAGACAAAAUGAAUAAGCCAUGGAGAGAACUUUUUUUUCCACUUGGGAAGGGUAAAAUAAGUUAUGAAGAUGCUGCUGCCAACUAGUGCCCACUUUUAGUUCAUUUGACAUUUGAUUGUUUAUUAUGACGAUGGAGGUGGUAGAAUGGUCACCCAAAGAUGUGCUAGCCUGGCUCACCGAACAUGGCAUGCAGGAGUACACUGAUGCAUUUCAGAAUAAGCUGGACGGCCAAGGCCUAUUAAAACUGUCUCAAGAAGAUUUCCAAAGACCGCCUCUGUCUCUCGUUGCAUCAGACAAUGGCCAGCAACUGCUGGAAAAGAUAGAAACAUUGAAGAUGGAGCAUCACAUUGAAGUGCACAAGAAUGGUCACGCCAAUGGCCAUCUUAACAUGGGUUCUGUAAAUGCUGGCAGUGAGAAUGACAUCCACAAUAAAACCAAAAGAACUGGUUUGGCAAAUGGUUACCGAAAAGAAAUGAUUCAAAUCCCCAUGCCAGAACUGGAGCAACUUCGAUUCUCUCUGGAAUGGUGGAAGACUGGUGUGGCUUUCCUUUAUGCACUUUCCUGUUUUCUACUUACCACAGUGAUGAUCUCGGUUGUCCAUGAACGUGUGCCUCCCAAGGAGGAGCAGCCUCCUCUACCGGACAAAUUUUUUGACUAUUUUAACAGAGUGGAAUGGGCCUUCUCCAUCUGUGAAAUUAAUGGCAUGAUACUUGUAGGAUUAUGGCUGGUUCAGUGGGUGCUAAUGAAAUACAAAUCUAUUGUGGGCAGGAGAUUCUUCUUCAUAGUUGGCACGCUUUAUCUGUACAGAUGCAUUACAAUGUAUGUAACAACACUUCCAGUGCCUGGCAUGCACUUCAGCUGUUCUCCAAAGCUGUUUGGCGAUAUGGAAGCACAGUUUAGGAGAAUUAUGAAGAUGAUAGCUGGAGGUGGGCUGUCAAUCACAGGGGCGCACACCAUGUGUGGAGACUACCUGUACAGUGGCCACACUGUUAUGUUAACACUCACCUACCUAUUUAUCAAAGAGUAUUCUCCAAAGCGAUGGUGGUUGUAUCACUGGUCUUGCUGGAUUCUCAGUAUUGUUGGGGUUUUCUGCAUUCUUCUCGCACAUGACCACUACACUGUGGAUGUAGUAGUGGCAUAUUAUAUCACUACACGUCUUUUUUGGUGGUAUCAUACUAUGGCCAACCAAGAAGUACUAAAGGAACCCUCCAAGACUAAUUUUCUAUCCCAAGUGUGGUGGUAUAAGUUCUUUCGGUUUUUGGAAAGCAAUGUUCAAGGCAUUGUACCUCACACAUACGAUUUGCCACUUUCCUGGUCAUCGAUAUCACAGUUCUUUGGGAGAAAAGUUAAAUACAGCAGAUUAGUAACUGAUACAUAACACUAGAUAAUUUAAGGGACUGUGCAAAGUGCUGAAAAAUCCUGUUGAGCUGAUGCCAUAGUGAAUUUUCUGCUAAUUCAUGUCCUGCAACAUUCACUUUUACUGAAGUGUUCCAAUUAACUGGUCAGCACUGUGAUCUUUCCAAAGGACUAUGGAGAACAAAAACGAUUGACAUGCACUGUAUAAUCUUUCUUUGUUAAUUGUCUUUUUGUCUUUGGUAAAUGCCAUAAACACAAAAUCACGUUUAAUUGUAUUUGAUAUUAACUGCAUCAGUGGCAAUUGUGUCCUGUCUGCUAGUGUUUUCUUUCGCAUAUGUCUGCAAAGAUGUCUGAGAUAAAUUGUAUUUUUUUUCAAUCAGAAAUUCAUCUUUAAUAAUCCUUGCCCCAAAGACUGGGCUUAAAAGCCAUUUUCUUAGAAAUGUUUAGAUAUUAAAAAAUUGUUGAUGAAAAUAAAGAUUAGGUUCUGUUUGCAAACAAAUUCUUGUGCAUUUUGGAACAAUGUGGCAAAUGGAACUUAAGUGCAAAAAUGUUUUGUAGUAAUCAUUCUUGUUAUUUAUGUUAAAUGAAUGUGGCAGUGCAAAAAAAAAUCUACACAAGUUUUUCCAAGUAUUUAAAAUGAGAUCUGCAUGGAAUGGUGGACUCCAACACAAACAUUAUAGCAAGAAUGAAAUCAACACUGGGUGGAAAUUUUGACUGAUAUUGUUUGUUUUCUAGUGCCUUUUCUUGUCCUGAUUGUAUGGUCAGUAGGUGGUCUCAGAUGUGAAAACAUAGUAUAUGAAAACUCAAAAAGCCUAUAUGUAUAUUACCUUGAGUAUUGAGUUAAUAAUUAACUGUUGCAGAAUUGCAAAAUGUAAGCUCAACAGUGAGCAUUCAGUUUUGUAGUUAAUGUUUGUGCACACUCUGUCUUGAAUAAUUUGAGAUAUUGGGUGCAAAAUAAAAGAAAAUGGUAAUAUUCAAUUUACUAACUAUGGGCAUGUCCUGUUAGAUAUAUAACUGUACAGGUAAAUUAUUUUAGUAUAUAAAUGGGAAGUACAACACAGCAAAUCUAACAGUUGUAUUUCAACUUCCUUUUUACAGAUUUUGCAUUUUUCUGAAAUAUCAAGUCAUAACAUGAAGGCAAAAAAAUUGAAUUUAUGUGCAGAGGUUUAAGUACUAGCAAAGUAUUCAUGCUCCUCUGACCCAUUAGUUGGUAAAUCAGCUACAAAGAUACUCUAUUUCUAUAAAUUUUAUUAUAUUUGUGCAAAAUAAUGCAUGUAGUCUCUCCCAAAUCAGAAGUCAAGUGAAAAUGAAGUCUCUAUUUGCCAACGUGAGAAAUAGUUUUUUAUUGCAAAUUAUAUGAUCUCCAUUCUGUAUUUUAUGUGAAAGAAAGUUCUUUUCUGUAGUUUUGUGUAUACACAAGGUGAUAUUUGUAUUGUAAAACAAUUAUGGUGAAGGAUAAUAAAAAGCUUUAAAUGUAA